CACAAAUAUUUUCCCAGUUAACCCUCUGGCGUUGCCUCUUCCUCUCUGGUUUAGUUCUCCAACAUAACAUCAAAUCAUAACCCGGACAGGUAGCUCUAAAUUCGGUAUCGCUUUCCUCACCUACUGAUAUGAAAUUGCUAUUCCGACUAUGUACAUAAUAUUUUGAUAUACAUUUGUCCAACGAGGUAGAGGCUAGUCUGAUGAGGGGGCUCUCCAGAAAGGCAGGAUGCAACAGAACAGGAACAUCCAGAUCAUUGAAUGGGAGGACCUGGACAAGAGGAAGUUCUACUCCUUCGGGGUAUUCAUGACCAUGACCAUCCGGGCCACCGUCUACCCGGCCACCCUCAUCCGCACCAGGCUGCAAGUGCAGAAGGGUAAGUCGCUCUACAACGGGACCUUCGAUGCCUUCUGCAAGAUCCUGCGGGCCGAGGGCGUGCGGGGCCUCUACCGCGGCUUCAUGGUCAACACCUUCACUCUCAUAUCGGGCCAGGCUUACAUCACCACCUACGAGCUGGUGAGGAAAUACGUCUCCAACUAUUCCAAGGACAAUACCGUCAAGUCUCUGGUGGCAGGUGGCGCGGCGUCCCUGGUCGCACAAACCAUCACUGUCCCCAUAGACGUGAUUUCCCAGCAGCUGAUGAUGCAGGGCCAAGGGAAGCACCUGACUCGCUUCCGGGUCAAGGUCAAAACGGAGGCUGACGGGAAGACAAAAAUGGCAUUUGGCCAAACCAGGAACAUGAUUGCUCAGAUCUUUGCGGCCGACGGUUUCCGAGGCUUCUACAGGGGAUAUGUGGCCUCCCUUCUAACAUACAUCCCAAAUAGCGCGGUCUGGUGGCCUUUUUAUCACUUUUACGCAGAACAGCUAUCCAAAAUGGCGCCCAGUGACUGCCCUCAUCUACUACUCCAAGCCAUGGCCGGACCACUAGCUGCUGCGACUGCUUCCACUGUCACCAACCCCAUGGAUGUGGUCAGAGCUAGAGUGCAGGUUGAAGGCAGGACCUCCGUCAUCGAGACUUUCAGGCACCUGCUGGCAGAGGAGGGAUUCUGGGGGAUGACCAAAGGGCUGUCUGCACGCAUCAUAUCCUCCAUUCCCACCGCCAUCGUUAUGGUCGUGGGCUACGAAACCCUCAAGAGAGUGAGCCUGAGACCGGAGCUGGUCGACUCCAGACACUGGGCUGGUACUUUGGGAGGGAUUUGUUGUUAGUGUGCUGGACCACCAGAGAAGUGCUCUUUAAAGGAAGCCAUGUGAGAUGAGGACUCCGGGCAGAGAACACGAUGAGGCAUGUCCCUUUGUGUAUUGUGGCAGUAAACCUCUGAGUGCAAUCUAUCUAUUAACUUAAUCACUUCCAGCUCAAACGUGUGGUUGCACAAUGUACAUUUCUUUGAAUUUGUCAAUAUAUUAUUGUCUUAAAAGAAAAUGUUCUGAAGUUAUUUAUUGAAGAAUUUUUAUUUUAUUUUGAUAUUUCUCUGGACAAUAGCAAAGGUUCAAACGAUACUGAAGAAAAAUAUAAACGCAACAAUUUCAAAGAUUUUACUGAGUGACGUGACUGGAAAUACAGAUAUGCAUCUGUUGGUCACAGAUACCUUAAAAUAAAUGGGUCUCACAAUGUG